AUGCUCAACGUCAACACCUACCUCGUCUUCACCAUUUGUGCCCUCGGCGCGCUCGUUGCCGCGAUGGCUGGUGAGCCUUUCGCUGACGCUGUUGCCGCAGUCGGACACGACACAGCUCACGACCAGCUCAGCUCCUCGCAGUUCCACAAUGUCUCACAGCACUUGAUGCAGGCCCGAGAUGACGCGCCGCCGCCCUGGGAUUCUCAGCGUAUGAUGGUACUUGGUAUCGGCAGCAAUGGGCAGAAUGUCGGCACAAAAGGGAGAUACUUUCUCUACGAUAUCAUCAAAGGAGCCGUCGGUGACCUGUGCCCAUCGGGCCAGUCUGGGGUGCAGACCAUGCGCUCGUGCAACACCGAAAAGGUUGUGACUCAGGAGUACGUCGUGGUCAAGAACAAGAACGGCGAUACAAGUCGCGACGGUAGCUACACGAUCAAGGUUGGCUCGAGCUACUUUGGUCUGCCUGGAGCACGCGAGAUCCUGAUCGAUGCUAUAGCCUGGACCAUGUACACCAUCAUGGACAAUCAAUGCUGGAAGCCUGGCUUCAAUGGCGACGCGAGCGAUUGGGACCUAUGCAAAGCUCCAGACAUAACCAUGGUGCGCAUCGACUACAUCGGUUGGCUCGUUGUCUUUAUCAAGGCUGACGCGAAAGACAUGAACUAUCCACACGACAUGCGGGUCUGCGCUCAAGAGGGCUGGGCUACUGGCGAGGUGAAGGAUAAGGUCGAGAAGAAGAUCAAGGAAGAGAUGAAGGCGAAAAAGUGGCACGAACCGCUAAAAUUGAAGAGUGCGGAAUAUCUAUCCGUGGAGACGUCCUGCUACAUCAAUUCAACGGCGACUGGGCAGGGCGAUGGAUGGUGUCGAAAAGACGCAUUCGAGUAUAUGCCGGGGACCGACUGCCCGCCAACGCGUCUGUAG